ACUGGUAAGAUAGGGUCGACACUCUGCUGCUUUCCUACGAAUUGUUUGUGCCGUGAGAAAACGUUCGUCUUCAACGAAAUAUUAAUCGUUUAAUUCGAAAAAUGGCAUGGUUAUGUAGUCGUACUGUUUUACAGACAUGUCGACGCCAAUUUUUUCGCAAUGCUGUGUAUUCGAAAAAUAAAAGAUCCUUAUCAUAUGAAGGCUAUAGAAAUAGUGCGUGACAGUACAAGAGAAAGUCCAAAUUUAGUACCAAGUGCAUUCAAAAGUCGUAUUGUUGGUUGCAUAUGUGAGGAAGAUACUGCACAUGUGAAUUGGAUGUGGUUGCAUGACGGACAGCCACGCCGUUGUGAAUGUGGUCAUUGGUUUAAAUUGACUGAAGUUGCUCCUCUAGGAUAAGACUUUAAUUUAAUGUCACUUCUUGUUAAUUAGUCAUUUGUUUAAAAUAUAGAAUUAAUGUCAUA